AUGUCUGCCGCUGGAACAACCCCUGGAGUUGUAGACCAACAUGGGAAAGGGAAAGCCCCUGGAGUUGUAGACCAACAUGGGAAAGGGAAAGCCCCUGGAGCUGUAGAUCAACAUGGGAAAGGGAAAGCCCCUGGAGUUGUAGACCAACAUGGGAAAGGGAAAGCCCCUGGAGUUGUAGACCAACAUGGGAAAGGGAAAGCCCCUGGAGCUGUAGAUCAACAUGGGAAAGGGAAAGCCCCUGGAGUUGUAGACCAACAUGGGAAAGGGAAAGCCCCUGGAGUUGUAGACCAACAUGGGAAAGGGAAAGCCCCUGGAGUUGUAGACCAACAUGGGAAAGGGAAAGCCCCUGGAGUUGUAGACCAACAUGGGAAAGGGAAAGCCCCUGGAGCUGUAGAUCAACAUGGGAAAGGGAAAGCCCCUGGAGUUGUAGACCAACAUGGGAAAGGGAAAGCCCCUGGAGUUGUAGACCAACAUGGGAAAGGGAAAGCCCCUGGAGUUGUAGACCAACAUGGGAAAGGGAAAGCCCCUGGAGUUGUAGACCAACAUGGGAAAGGGAAAGGGGUCGCUAGCUGGAGGAUGUUAGAUGGUUCUGUUGCUGCUCUACUAAGCUGAAGACAGAGAGAGAGAGAGAGAAAGAGGGGGAAGGAGGGAGAGACAGAGAGAGAGAGAGAGAGAGAGCAGAGAGAGUGAGAGAGUGAGAGAGAGAGUGAGAGCAGAGAGAGAGAGCAGAGAGAGAGAGAGAAAGAGGGGGAAGGAGGGAGAGACAGAGAGAGAGAGAGAGAGCAGAGAGAGAGAGCAGAGAGAGAGAGAGCGAGCGAGAGAGGGAUAUGUGGGGCUUUUAUCAGUUAGAGUAUAGCACAAGUCAUAGAAAAGGAGCUCAAUUAAUUUGCAAAGAAAUAAUGUGCAUCAAACAGUCGCCUCUACUUUUACAUAAGGUUUACCUGGGGGCUGGCAAAACCCCAGGCAGUGGGUGCAUCCCAAUGGCACCCUAUUCCCUAUAUAGUGCACUACUUUUGACCAGAGCUUUUGUCAGAAAUAGUGCACUACAUAGGGAAUAGGGUGCAGACAGUCAUUUUAAUAAUAAUGCUCCUUCUCCCCGGGGGGUGGAUUUGAGAGCCAGAGAAACCCCCGGUUGUUACGUUGUAACACUAACCACAUAAAAUGCAACUAUUCACUUUCCUCCUCUUAUAACUGAGCCACUUAGAGAACACAAUGCUCCGUGUCUGACUGAAAGAGGGAGACGCACACACACACACACACACACACACACAUAAACACAUACACAUACACACAUAAACACACAUACACACAUACACACACAUACACACAUACACAGACACGCACACACAGACACAUACACACACACACAUAAACACAUACACACACACACAUACACACACACAGACACAUACACACACACACACACACACAUACACACACACACACAUAAAUACACACAUAAACACACAUACACACAUACACAGACACACACACACACACACAUAAACACAUACACAUAGACACAUAAACACACAUACACACAUACACAGACACGCACACACACACACACAGACACAUUCACACAUACAUACAGUACAUAUAGAUGAUACAGAGACGAGGGAGAAAGGCCACAUAGAGACUACAGAAGACAACAGAGAUACUACAGAGAGAAACAGAGACUACAUAGAGACUGCAUAGAGACUACAGAGAGACUACAGAGAGUCACAGAGAGAUCGCGAAAGACUACAGAGAGAUAAUGAGAGACUAUAGAGAGAUAUUGAGAGAGUACAGAGACUACAGAGAGAUAGUGAGAGACUACAGAGAGAUAGCGAGAGACUACAGAGAGACUAUAGAGAUAAUACAGAGAGAUAGCGAGAGACUACAGAGAGAUAACAAAGGACUACAGAGAGAUAACGAGAGAAUACAUAGAGACUACAGAGAGAUAGUGAGAGACUACAGAGAGACUACAGAGAGAUAGCGAGAGACUACAGAGAGACAGUGAGAAACUACAGAAAGACUACAGAGAGACUACAAAUAGAUAACAAGAGACUACAGAGAGACUACAGAGAGACUACAGAGAGAUAACGAAGGACUACAGAGAGAUAGUGAGAGACUACGGAGAGAUAACAAGAGAAUACAUAGAGACUACAGAGAGAUAGUGAGAGACUACAGAGAGAUAAUGAGAGACUACAGAGAGACUACAGAGACUACAGAGGGAUAGCGAGAGACUACAGAGAGACAGUGAGAAACUACAUAAGAAUACAGAGAGACUACAAAUAGAUAACGAGAGACUACAGAGAGACUACAGAGAGACUCAAGAGAUAAUGAGAGACUACAGAGAGACUACAGAGAGAUGGAGAGAAUGAAAGAAGAGAGAAGAGAAGAGAGAGAGAGGCUUAGAGAUGAUGAAGAGACAUGAGAAGAGAGCGAGAAACACCCAGACCACACACACACACACAGACAGACUACACACACACACACACACACACAGACCACACACACACACACACACACAGACCACACACACACACACACACACACACACGCACACAGACCACACACACACACACAGACCACACACACACACACACACAGACCACACACACACACACACACACACAGACCACACACACACACACAGACCACACACGCACAGACCACACACACACACACACACAUACACACACACACACACACACACAUAGACCACACACACACACACACACACACACACACACACACACACACAGACCACACACACACACACAGACCACACAUACACACAGACCACACACAGACCAUACACACACACAGACCACACACACACACAGACCACACACAGACCACACACACACACAGACCACACACAGACCACACACAGACCACACACAGACCACACACAGACCACACACACAGGGAGCAGUCAUUAUGUAAGAGUGUGUAGUGUAAACCUGCCCAUCAUGUUCAUGUCACAGAAUGUUGAUGCUUGUUUUGUUGAGAACGUGCUGCACCACAAGGACAAAGACAAGAUGGUGGACCCUGUUAAGGACAGAGACAAGAUGGUGGACCCUGUUAAGGACAGAGACAAGAUGGUGGACCCUGUUAUAGCUACUGAAGCUGAUGUCUUCAACUCUUAA